AUGAGUUACAUUGGGUCUAGGAUAAGGGGACCUAUAACUACCCAGAUACGAUGCUAUGCAGCUGUACAAUCUAAUGCAUCUAGCAGCAGCACAACUUCAUCACCAUCAAUUUCACUGACCUUGAUCUUAUCUCGUCUUCCCAUCAUAACUCAAGACCUUACUCCCUUUGAAUCUCAAUUCUACAAAUACCAGUCUGAGUUAUGGAGAAGACUCAUGUGGACAUUCCCCAAAUGGUUUUACUUCAAACUGGGUACAAUGGCUGAAUUAAGAUAUCGACAAAUCAACAAAAACCCCGUCAGUUACAAUCCCAAAAUGUCAUACCCAAAGGGGAAACCCGAUUUAAAACAUUUAAGAGACAGGAGAUUCAGACAGUACAUUAGAGCUCCCAAGACUUAUAGAGAAGAAGAUGAAAUUGUCGAUGGACAAGAUCAAUCUGAAUUUAAAGAAAAUGAAAUUUCAAGAAAAAUCAUUCCUGCUUCGCGUAUAACUGAAGCAGAUAAACGAAAUGAUGCUACUUCAUUGGAAAGAAAACUAAGUAGAACUUUAUAUUUGAUCAUAAAGGAUAGCAAAAAUGAGAAUGGGGAUUGGAAAUUACCUAAUUUUAAAGAACUGAACGAAAAUUUACAACCUUUACAUGUAUUGGCAGAAGAAGGGUUAUAUGAACUUGGUGGUAAAAAAAUUAACUAUUUCAAUGUAUCGAAAGUUCCAUGCCAUCAUAAUCAAAACAAGGAAUAUUUUAUCAAAUCACAUAUUUUAUCAGGAUCUUUUGAACCUCAAUUGGAUUCUAUUCAAUAUCAAUGGGCCACAAAGGAAGAAUUGAAGGAAUUGAUACCAAAGAAUUAUUAUUCUGAUAUACUGCAUCUAUUAAGUGAUGUGUAA